AGCAAAUGUGGGCUGGGCGUCUACUUGCAAUUCGGUCGGCCAAACUCUCGGUUAUGUGACUGCCUUCAUGCUCCUUCUUGGACUUGAGUCGCCGGAUGUCGUCAACACUUAUUUACGGUCCACUCCGAUACCUGGAAAGGGGAUGAUAACCUUUUCAGGUGAGAACCUGGUUAAGUGGGUUAAAUCCUAG